CUAAAGACGUGUUGACUUGCAAUUCUUGCAAGUCUUCGCCAUCGGAAGCUGUGCCGCCACAGAAAAUAGCCAUGAGAUGCUUUUUAAAACAAGUGUCUAAGAGAUUAUAAACAAGUGAAUUUCAGCUUUUGCAUUCGACCAAUUCAAAUCCAAAUGGCAUCCCAAGAAUCUCAGUCUCACUUCGUUCUGUUUCCUCUCAUGUCCCCAGGCCACUUGCUCCCAAUGACAGACCUAGCAACAAUAUUGGCACAGAAUAACGUGAUUGUUACUGUAGUCACCACCGUACAUAACGCUUCUCGUUUAUCAGAAACCUUUUCCCGUGCUUCCGACUCAGGCCUCAACCUCCGACUGGUUCCACUCGAAUUUCCAUCCCACGAUGCUGGAUUUCCAGAAGGGUGUGAGAAUUUUGACAUGCUGCCUUCUAUGGGCAUGGGUUUGAAUUUCUUCCUUGCCGCAAACACCAUGCUACACGAACCGGCUGAGAAAGUGUUUGAACAGUUGACACCGAAACCAAACUGCAUAAUCUCUGACGUGGGUUUAACAUACACAGCCGACAUCGCCACCAAAUUCAACGUCCCCAGAAUAUCUUUCUACGGCGUUAGUGGUUUCUGUCUCUGGUGGCAGCAAAAGUUGGUCACUUCUAAAGUUUUUGAUACCAUAGCCACAGAUUCAGAGUACUUUUCCAUACCUGACAUCCCUGACAAAGUUGAGAUCACAAAAGCACAGACGGCAAGACCUAUGCACGAAAACUGGAGUGAGUUUGUUGAAAAGAUGGCCGCAGCUGAAGCGGUUACUUAUGGGGUGGUCGUGAAUUCUUUUGAGGAGUUGGAACAAGCAUAUGCAGGGGAUUUCAAGAAGGCCAGAAACAAUAAAGUGUGGUUUGUUGGGCCCGUUUCACUUAGAAACAGGAAUGACUUGGAUAAGGCUCAGAGAGGGAACAGCAACAACACAUCAAGUGAUGCUCAUAGUUGCAUGAAGUGGCUUGACUUGCAAAAACCAAAUUCAGUCAUUUACGUGUGCCUUGGGAGCAUAUGCAAUUUAUCUCCGUUGCAGUUGAUAGAGCUUGGUAUGGCCUUAGAAGCAUCCAAAAUACCGUUCAUUUGGGUCAUCAGGGAAAGGAAUCAAACAGAAGAGUUGAUGAAGUGGAUUAAGGAAUCAGGGUUUGAGGAAAGGACCAAGGGGGUAGGUCUAAUGCUACUGGGUUGGUCUCCUCAGGUACUAAUACUAUCACACCCUGCGAUUGGAGGGUUCAUGACACACUGCGGUUGGAACUCAACCCUAGAAGCAAUAUCCGCUGGCGUGCCAAUGCUUACGUGGCCAUUGUUUGGGGACCAAUUCUUCAAUGAGAGGUUUGUUGUGAACAUUAUAAGAAUUGGUGUACGCGUUGGGGUGGAAACUCCGGUGCUCUGGGGUGAUGAAGAGAAAACUGGGGUAUUGGUGAAGAAGGAAGAUGUAGUGAGGGCUAUAGAGAAGUUAAUGGAUGAGGGAAGUGAAAGGGAAGAGAGAAGAAAAAGGGCCACAGGGCUUGCAGAGAUGGCUAAGACAGCUGUAGAAGGAGGCUCCUCUCACUUCAAUGUGACCCAGCUAAUCCAAGACAUCAUUCAACAGUCCCACAAAAACUAAUCUUCCGUUACCAAAAGCAUAUAAGAGGAAAUCGUACAAUUAGCUCAGACUUGGAGUUCUCCAAUCCCUUCGUAGAACAAUUGCAGAGCUUCACUAGUAAAGCCAUAAGCAGAAAGUCAAAAAUCCAUAGAGAGGAUAUUGCUAUCUGUAAAGACUACUCUGUUCCAUACAAGGAGUUAUAUCUUGUUUUAACUUACAGCUAUUUUGAAAUAGAUUAUGUUAGAAGGAGAUAAAAUACGAAUAGGACAUUAUAAAGCAUUGUGUUUAACCGUUUGGUUCCACACUUGUCUUCAAAUAGUUCUAUUUCUACUAAUUAUAUUAGAUUUUGAGUAAUAUAGAGAAUAAACAAUCUGAUCAGAUAGCAAAAUUUCCCGCACCUCUUGAUGGACAAUAGGAUCUUUCACUAUCCCUCUUUUUCUUACCUGAACAGAAUAUGAUAUUCAAAGGUUAGAGAUAGUACUUUUCUCUUCUUUAUUUACAAGGGGAAACAAUGAUGAUUAUUUAAUACAAAACUAUAAUGAGUAUAAUCCCACUUGCACAAAACACGAUAAAUAUACAAUUGUUAUUUUCAUCGGAGACAUUGGGAUAAAAAUUGUCUUUUCACGCAUUAAAUUGACUGACAAAAUCUAUGCAGCAAAGUUAACAUUUAAAAAUCGCAUUGGUGACAUGUUUUGAAAUUAGAAAAGUGUGUAUCUUAGCGAUUUAUUUGAAAAUAAAUCAUUGGAUAUCCCUAACAAAAUCCAUGAGCUGAGAGCAAAAGAGGCCAUCCCUUGACAAUCUUUGGAGAAACAUAUUCACUUUAGAUGUCUAACCUUCCUCUACAACCAAAGAUUACGUAGUAUUAUUACAGAUAAACUCCCUACUACUACCCAAUUCCCUCAGAUUUAGCUUAUGAAACUGAUCUAGUCCAAGGGGCACAUCGGGUUCACCAAAUAUAUGUACGCAAUGUCUCAAUAAACCAAGAUGAAAGAAAGGAAAAUGCCAGAGAAGAAAAUGUAAAGGUGCAUUUGUAAUAUUUCACCUAGUUUACCUAAACUUCUUCCAUAUCAUAUUAAUCAUGUAGAGCAUAUUUAAAUGCACAUUAUUAUUGCCGACAAUAUCAAAACAAACAACAAAAUUAUAUAAUAGGAGUUUGUAUUCCUCACUUGAAAUCUACGAGCUUCAAAUUGUGGCUUAAUCAAAGUCACUAAUGCUGCAUUUUCCUUCAUGAUAUUGACCACAGCAGGCAUGAACUAUUAAAAGAAUAAAAGAAAUAAAAAAGAUGCAGUGAAUCAAGAAGGCUAAUCAUACCAGUAAUUCUCAGUUCAGCGAAAAUAAUCUCCAAUGUCUCCUCUUACUCUUCUGUGGUUGCUUACAAAGGAUGACCGAGCACUUAAUAAUCAAUAGACAUAGGAGACAAGAUCGUGAUCAUAAACUUUUCUGAUAAUCUGAAAUAUUUUACUUGUGAUAGGAGUGUAGGACUAUGUUUGACAAUAUUUCAGAACUUACCCAGAGAAUAGAGAUGAAUGAGAGGUCUAAAAUCACCAAAUCAAGAUUUUGGGAGUCUAGGCACAAAUAUAUAGCAACAUUUCUUUCUCUUACCCUUAAAAGAUGAAUAGAAGUGUAUAUUUAUUAAUAAAACAAUUCAUAUUUUAUAUCAUUGAGCAGCUGAAUAUACAUUAAGUUUUAUUUACAGAUAAAAGAUAUUGCUUGUCAUAAAAAGCACCGGGGAGGAAAUUUAUGGCUUAAAGAAUUAGGAAUUAUGCCUGCACCAGCUGUAAUCGACCCCAAAAAUAAAUGACCCGGGCACUUUAUGAAUUCAUUAUUAACAAUUGGAGUUCAUACCUUGAGACAGUAAUAUAUGCGUACAUAUACAGACAAAGAAAAGAUUGCAGCAGUCAUUCUCUAAUACCUCUGGAAUGUAAGCUAUUUUACAUAACGGAAUGAUACCAGAGUACGAUCCAGUGUGCCUAAUCCUAGACCAUAAGGCAUAACGAUCAACCCCAAAAGAAGUAGCGGUGUAGUAGAAGGCCAUUAUACCAAGAGAGCAGAUACAGACAAAAUGGGUGCUCAAAACUUAAGAUAUAUUCAUCAUUAGAAUUGAAAGUCGUAGGUUUGGCCAGACAAUCAUUAUUAAUCCAAGGCAUAACUAAUAAAAAUAAGUCCAAAAAAAAAGUGUAACAAAAUAAAAGUACUGUGCUAUGCAAGUUAAGCCUCUAAGGAAUAACUGCAUAACUGAACAGUCAACACAAACAAUGAAUAUAAGAAACCUUAGACACAAAACUAGAGAAAUAUUAAGGAAAAACCACAUAGUUGGGUUUGCAUUUAAUAAAAGGAAAAAAAAAUAUUAAUAUAGCUUCACCGGCAGCAUCAAUAUAAUUAUAUUUAAAGUUCAUUUCUCAACAUAGUAUCAGAGUUUGGUUAGAGUCUAUCCUAACAAAAUUUGUUAUUUGUUAUUUGUUUGACAUAUUUAGAGUCUAUCCUAGCAAAAUUUAUUAUUUGUUAGACAUAUUGUUCCACCCACUAUUGGACCAUCUAUUAAUUUCUAAUUCCACGCUCGAGAUGCAUAUACCUCAACAUGAGAGAGGAUAUGUUGGAAGUCUCACCGACUAGUGAUAAGACCAAUUUAUAAUAUAUAAAUGAAUACAAACUUCACCUUAUAAA